CUCCAGCUGCUGCCGGGAUGUUGUUCCGGAGUUAUCUUCGGUUGGGUUCGCAUCUGCGGCCUCGACCGCGAGACCACAAUAUGUUCAUGCUGGGUACGGUACUCUCACAGAAACGCGCACGCACACCCCACCACACGUGGAUAGAGGCAGACCACCACCGCCAGCAGGCAGCAGAGAGCAAGAUCAGCAUCAGGGCGCCGCUCUGAAAUCGUUGUUCGCCUCUCUGUGUCUGUGUGUGUGUGUCAGAGGCGCCGCACACGUACAAUGGUGCGCUGCCUCCGGUGCGUUCGCGUUGCAUCGACACGACUGGGAAGCGGCUGCGUGGUACGGGUCUGCACGGCCCCGAGAACACGGACGUCUUCAAGCUGGUGCUGUUCAACCUCCUCAAGCAGCGCCGGCCGCAGCUGCACAUCGCCACGCUCGAGGAAAUGCGUGACUUCUACAAGCUCGACGUCUCCUUCGUCUGGUGGUUCAUGUCCUGUAUGGUCAGUCAUAGUCACUCACAGAGGGACGGCUGGUGUGGGGUGGUGGUCAUCUUUGCGCUGUCUGUCUGUGGUGUCUGUGUCUGUGUUUUCAGUGGAUUAUGAUCCCGAUGUCGAGUUUUUCGCUCCUCUACAUCACGCAGCACGACCACUACCCCUGGACAACCAAACGUCUAGGUACGCGUAGCUACGCUGCCUGGCGCGAGCCCUUGCUUCACCUCAGCCAAAUGUGUCGUUAUGUGUGUGUGUGUGUGUGUGCAGACGGUAGCAAGGGCCCAGGCCCCUUCUGGUGGUGCCUCAUCUAGCCUCUCGCUCUGUCGCGGACGACACCAUGUGUGCCGCGGUGCACAGUGCUGGGAGAGGCGACCCUACCCACCACAGUGCGGUCCAACACACUGCUUGUCAUGGCCAUGGUGUGAUGCUUGCUUUUGACGGACGGGCCAGGUGUCUUGUGUGAGGGGUGUGACAUGGCGUGGUGUAGCGUGAAGUACGUUUGCCUACCGUUUUGUUUGUGUUGCGCGUGUGAAGUGAUUUAUGGCUUCCUCUGUGGCCUCGUCUGCCGAACCGAUAGACUCACAUCUGUCUGUCUAUCAGUUCAGCGGACAAGGCUCUGCCGGCACAGCCAUGAACACCUCGCCACGCGCACUCACACCAGCCUGCCAUCAGGGAAGGCCUCGUUCGUGUCCGUUGUGUGACUUGAUGCGAUUGCUUUUGCCUCUUGUACUUCUCCUCUUUCGCGCGGCGGUCGAUCACCAGAGAUCCGAUGUUGACUGCCCACGGCAAGACGGAGGGGUGGGAGACGGCAAAGGGCAAUCGCAGACAUGCACGGCAGCAGCGGAAACAGGCUCGUUUCAACGUAGUGAGUGGGCGGGUGGAUGGUCGGUGAAUGCAUCAUUGUGUGCGAGGGUGCGUUCUGGAGUGGGUGUGUGUGUACACUAAGCAGGACUGUGUGCUCGGCUGGCUGAAGGACAAGUUUUUCUCUCAAUGCGCUCACAGAUGGACUCAACCAUUGAUUGACUGAUGGGGCGAUCUCAAAGCUCUCAGCUGCACUAUCGCCACGACAGAAAAACGUUUGCACAACCAACCAGUG